CGGGUAUUGGCCUUCAUCAUGUACUUAUACCAGGCAGUGGUGGUUGAGAUAGCAGUCCGCUAUUUCGUCUCGAGUCGAACAAAUCUUUGGUAUCAAUCAUCAACCAAUUACUUGGCUACUUAUUACCCAUUACUAAGGAGAUUUUACUUCAUCUGAAGAUGGCGAAUAGUGGCAGUGGACACAAGGUCGCCUCCGUAAUCCUGCGAUUUCUGGAGCUCGCCUGCGGUGCGAUUGUACUGGGUCUCCUUGGCCGGUUCUGCUACCUUAUCAAUGAGACUAGUAAUGUCAGUGUCGAUGGACGAAUUAUCUACGCUAUGGUCGUCGCAGGAAUUACUAUCGUCUAUUCGAUAGUGGUCUUUGCACCAAUCGAUAUUCUUUUCAUGGCUUUUCCAUUCGACUUUAUCCUCUUUAUCAUGUGGUUGAUCGCGUUUUGCUUACUUGAAACGAGAACGAGGAGCCAUAUCUGCAGUGCAGGGUGGUACUAUAACUAUUGGGGCUAUUAUUGGGGACGCUUCUGGAGGGUUGGGCCGGUGGGCAGGGUCAACAUUAAUGGAGCCGGAUGUUCGGAGUGGCGGACUGUUAUCGCCUUUUCGAUCAUCGCCUGGGUGCUUCAUUUCAUCAGUGGUUUUCUAGGCAUAUACGUCUGUUCCGAAUAUAUCCAGGUCGACGAGAGAGUGACCUCGGCCAAACAGCAGAUGAGAAAAUUGUCGCACAGCAAUUAUCCUGCCAAUGGCCAGAACAGGGAAUCUACUGCAACGGGAGCCGCCGAGGAGCAAGUCAGUCCUACACAGCCUCGGUCAGAGGUGUAAUUAAAGGAUAAUCGUUUUGUCAACCUGCUUAUUAACAUCUAGUGGCUCAAACCGCUAUUUUAGGUCCAGGUCGGCCAGAUCUGAAACAUAAUAUGUGUUAGUCUCUUUGGGUUUAUGGUAUUUACUGCGGGAUAUUUUCCUACUAUUUGCUUAAGCUUAAUUUUAAUAAAAGAUAAUAAAAAAAAAAUCUUUUUAAUAGUAUUAAAAGCUAGCACUUAUUUAUAAGCUUAGAAAGUCUUAGCUUAUUAUAUAAUAGCAGAAAUAAGUAUUUAUUACUAAAUAGCAUAAGUUAUAUUAAGUUCAAG